UAUUCACUGUUUUUAAUAAUUGUCUAAAUGAAAAAAUAAGUAGCUUUAAUGUUAGGUUUGGUUUAUUAUCUGUUAACCUUGAGAGCUGCCGUCUAGCUGAGACCUGUAGGGGCCAGUAGUCUAUGGGAAACAUAAUAUACUAAUUGUUUAUGCUUUACACUUGAUAAUGUAUUUUCUUAUUAUUAUUACUAAUAAUGAAUAAAUAAAGACCUGCUGAGUCUCUCGGCAGAAGAUACUAACACCUCGCCAAGUGUCGGUGUCUCCUCAUUCCCUUCCCCUCAGCCCUUAAGUUUUCAGUUCUUUCGUUUUCGCCUAGGCCGUCUCAUCCUUUCAGGAACCCCUGACAAGACGUUUUGUCGGAGGCUGGUCCCCGGCAAGUGGCGCCCGGAGCAGGGACUUGAAAGGAUUCGGACAGCCCGAUUUGGAUUCCUGACAGACUGAUCCGACAUCAUGUCUCAAAAGCCUUCACCGACACGCCCCCCGUCAGACAACCGACGCUCCAAGAUGCAUAGGUGCAGCCCUCUGGGACACCACCCACCUCCUCCAAGAUGUCAUCGCUCCAGAUCCCCUGUUGGAAGAUUGUCCUCUUCCCUGCACCACCUUCGAGUUCGUAAGACGUCUUAUCAUGACAAUUGGAAUUUGCUCAAAAAUCUGGCCUCUAAUUCUGAACAGCUACUUAUGCAGCAAAAUGCACGCAUCACCCUGGAGACUAUGUUCCUUGCUGUGCUAGCAAUCUUCUCAUACAGCAUAUCACCAGCUUCUCCUGCUUCUCUCAUGCCUUCUGUUUCCUAUUGGGCUUACAUCCCAGAUCCCCCCUUUCUCCAUCCCACUCCUUGGGGAUUUCCCUCACCCCGUGUGUUCACUAAUUAUUCUGAUUUACUAGGUGGAGAUUCAGACUCUUUUGUUUUAUUUAAAAGCACUAAUAACUUUUCUUUUCAGGGACACAUGGAUUCGCCUCCUAUGUGUUUUACAUCCAAUCCUGUCCAUAUGAAGUCUCAACUACCUGGCUGCCUACCUAUUAAUGAUAAAUAUUUUUUGACAGUAACUUCAAAGCCUUCCUCCUCCGGACCUAACCGUGAUUUAUGGGUACUGCUUAUAUCUCUCCUUGGUCCUUGCAGCACUAAUGAAAACAUAGCUCGAGUUUCAGUAUCCUCCACUCUCCCAGCCUGUUCAAUUUAUAACUCAGAUAAUUCCCAGAAUAUUAUUAACACAAAUCACAGAUUUCCCACCUGGCAUAAUUGUAGGUUUCCCUCUGCAGGAAUUCGUUACCAGCCUUACCAACUAAUCUUUCUAUUUAUGAUUUUUCAGUUUUUGGAGCAGUUACAUCUGCCACUAAUGUCCCCAAGGAUUGUAGGUUUCUUCUGCAGGACGCGUUCAUCUACAACCGGUCAAAUCGCCUCAUCCCACCCCUUGAACCUAUCACUCGAUGGUAUUCAGCGGGAUGGAUUACUCCCACCUACAUCAUCAACACUUCGAAUGGUUCCCGUGCAUACCCGGACUUAUUUUGCCUCCUUGCCGCCACUUCACCUGUGCUUUUUCGCUGACCUGGACAUUCUGUUCAUGCUGUCACCAUGCGGGCUUGUGUGGGCCCCCCUCAUGCCCUCCUCAUUGAGGGCCCCGGACAUUUAACCAUUACUUAUUAUCACCAUACUUUUCAUGUUAAAUGUACUGGCUGUAUUAUCACCAACUGUAUUACCUCUGUUGGCUCAUUGUCUAAAGCUACUUUUGUUAUCUUACAUCAACCUCCUUAUGUCAUGCUCCCUGUAAGCUUACAACAGCCGUGGUAUGAUGACAUUGGACUGUAUACUCUUCAGCUUGUGGGACAGGGACUGCGUCGCUCCAAAAGUUUUGUAGCAGCACUUAUACUGGGUAUUACGGCACUUAUUGCUAUUAUUAGUUCUGUUGCUGUUUCUACUACUGCUCUCGUGCAACAAGUUCACACUGCCUCCCAUGUUAAUGAUUUGUCUCAUAACAUCACACACGCUUUGAUUAUCCAAGACCACAUUGAUAAUAAGUUUGAAGCUCGUUAAAUGUUCUUGAGGAAUCACUUUUACAUAUUGGCAAUCAAAUUCAACACAUAAAAACGCAUUUGACAACCAAAUGUCAUUCUGAUUACAAAUGGAUUUGUGUCACUCCACAUGUUUAUAACUCUUCUUCUGUUUCUUGGAAUAAUGUCAAAAAUCAUUUACUGGGUGUUUGGAAUAAUACAAACGUUUCCCUGGACCUUACUGCUCUGCAGAAAGAUAUUAAGGCAAAUAGUUUAGCUCAUUCCCCCUCCUCCACACCUGCAGAAGUUGCUGCUUCCUUCCUGGCUUCCUUGCAACAUUAUACCACUAAGGCUGCCUGGUUCCCAUCAUUUAUUACUUUAGGUGUUGUUUUGCUUGUCACCAUAAUUAUAUUGAUACUCUUCCCAUUGUUUAUUAAAUUGCUUUUCCAUGCUAUCAAUAAGACACAUGUUGAGUUGCAAACUAUGUGAAUGAUGGCCAAAAACAAAAAAGGGGGAGGUGCUGCAGGAGGCCUUGAUGCCCCAGCCAGAUAAGACACUGGCAAGCAGUGAAGCCCAAAGGGCCUCACACUGUGGGGCCGAAGCCAAAGGGCCUCACACCGUGGGGCCGAAGCUAAAGGGCCUCACACCGUGGGGCUGAAGAUUCCUUGUGCCUCACACCGUGAGGUUGAAAAUCUAACAUUCCUUCACUUUUUGUUCUUGGUCAUAAAUAAGAAAAAAUUUCCCAAAAAAAGUACAUUAGGCACUAUAUUAUAUGCAUCAGUAUAUUGCAAGUAAAUGGCAUGGAAAAUUAGAAACUAAUUAUUAAACAAUUUGGCCUACUUGACAAUGGAAGACAACUUAUUGAGCAUGCCUGACAAGCAUUACAAUACAAUAAUCAUAG